AUCCAACGUCCAAACAUAAUCUACAGAGGUAGAAGCUAUCCUUCACAAAAAUAUGGUAUAAAUAUUGUAAAUUGUAUGACACCUUGUGGCAAUGUCGACCGCUUCCAUUAACGGCUGGUGCCUCACUUCGUCCUCCACUGCCACCGCCACUUCUUUCCCUCUCUGGCGACCCACAUUACGAUCCUCCUCCAUUGUUGCCACCCUCAACUCUUCCCCUUCUCCUCCAACACUCAUCCGCAACCAGCCUGUUUUCGCUGCUCCUGUUCCUUUGCUCACCCCUUCUAAUUGGAGAGAAGACAUGGGAGACAAGUCAUACGAGGAAGCCAUUGAAGCUCUCAAGAAACUGCUUAGUGAGAAAGGAGAAUUGAAAGCUGUAGCAGCUGCAAAGGUAGAUCAAGUGACAGCUGAGUUAAAGACAACAUCUGAUGAUUCUGUGGAGAGGUUGAAACAAGGAUUCGUUUACUUCAAGUCACAAAAAUAUGAGAAGAAUCCUGCUUUGUAUGCUGAGCUUGCCAAGGGCCAAAGCCCCAAGUAUAUGAUUGUUGCCUGCUCCGACUCCAGGGUAUGCCCAUCUCAUGUUCUGGACAUGCAACCAGGGGAAGCUUUCGUGGUUCGUAAUGUUGCUAAUAUUGUUCCACCUUACGAUCAGACUAAAUACGCUGGAACUGGAUCUGCAGUUGAAUAUGCAGUUUUACAUCUCAAGGUUCAAGAAAUUGUGGUGAUUGGGCACAGUGCCUGUGGUGGAAUCAAAGGACUCAUGUCUUUCCCUUAUGAUGGAACAACUUCUACUGAUUUCAUAGAAGAUUGGGUUAAGAUUGGAAUGCCUGCUAAGACCAAGGUUCAAGCAGAACACGGGGGCGAGCCUUUGGGAGUUCAAUGUACACAUUGUGAGAAGGAAGCAGUGAAUGUAUCCCUUGGAAACUUGCUAAGUUAUCCAUUUGUGAGAGAUGGAUUGGUGAGGAAAACUCUAGCACUCAAGGGUGGUUACUACGAUUUCGUUAAAGGAAGUUUCGAGCUUUGGAGUCUCAAUUUCCGGCUUUCUUCGCCUCUCUCCGUUUGAAAUCAUCAUCUGCAGUGACACCAUCUUUGUUCCUUAAUUAUUUCUUUUUCCUACAGUAUUGUACUACGCAUGCUUGUCUCCUUCUGCACUUAAGAAUAAAAGAAACAUAUGCUUCUAAUGAUUAUAUUAAUGGCUGCCCAAGGACCGCCCUUCAGUCCUCUUAUUUUAUCUACCAUCGUAAACGUUCUCAACUGUUAGCGAGUGCGUAUCAUCGUAUGAGAAAAUUUGUGAUGGGACUUGGGAUUGGUUAGCCAUAAUUCCUCUCCUCUUUCUCCCUUUAAUCUCGAGGGGCUGUUAGACUUAUUAUGUAUAAUAUUACUGGGUUGGAUAAUAAAUUUGCUUUUUGAACUUUUAAA